AUGGUUCAAAUUUUCGCUGGUACAAGUUAUGUGCGGUAUGCAAAUGAUGGAGAUGCUUUCCGUGAAAUCAGACUCCGCAUUGUUGAGGUCAUCCUUUUCCGAACGCUAGGCGGUGGAACAACUCUGUCUAAUCAAUAUCUUAAAGCCAAGACUGCCAGUCAAACUAAACUUGCGGGGCAGACGUAUGGAGACUACGGAAAUUCUGGCGAAAACAAUGAGGAUAGCAUUCCUGCUACUGACGACCAGCACGAAUAUUUGACUGGUAACAUUUCAGCUAUCGGCAAAACGUUAUAUCAUGGACAUUCUCUUUUCAAUUCGAGCGAUGAUAUAUCAAGUGGAAGACGUUUUGGCUUUAUUCUUAAUCAAACAAACUUUUAUGCCGAAGCUGAUGAUAUUGGGUCAAUUAUCAUUAGUGGUCGGAUUGAAUCCGUAGCUAAGUAUACGGUAGUAGAUUAA